AUGGACGCUACAUCCGCAAUUAUAAGUAAUAUAACAUGGACCCAGGGUGCAUUGCAAGUGAUCACCACAACCUUACAUCUGACUUCCUAUCUGUAUCCUGAACAGGCCGUCGUUUCUGAUGGAGACGUAUUCGACUACAUAGUGGUGGGGGCAGGAUCUGCGGGUUGUGUAAUCGCAAACAGACUCACAGAAGAUCCCAAAACUAGAGUCCUGCUAGUAGAAGCUGGUGGUGAUCCACCAAUAGCAUCACAUCUUCCUGGUUUAGUGACGUAUUUGAAACAUUCUGCACAAGAUUGGAAUUAUACGUCAGUCUACGAUGGAUAUUCACAACAAUGUCAUAUACCUCCAGUUGCUGAUAUAACAAGAGGUAAGAUGCUGGGUGGCUGCAGCAGUAAUAAUUACAUGGAUUACGUUCGAGGGGAUCCUCACGAUUUCAAUACUUGGGCAAACAUAACUAAAGAUGACACCUGGAAAUAUGAAAAUGUUCUACCAUAUUUCAUCAAAAGCGAACGACUUGAAGAUCCAAACAUUUUCGAAACACCAUACGGAGCAUUUCAUGGACGCGAUGGUUACAUGGGAGUCACUAGACAAUAUGCCAACGUAACACAUAGAUAUUUGAAUGCCUUUAGUGAACUUGGGUAUAAAAUUGUUAUUGAUACAAACGGAAAUGACACCCUGGGUUAUACUGAACCGAUGUUGACGAUGGCUAAUGGUUACCGACAAAGCACAGCUACAGCAUUCCUCACUCCUAUUAAAACAAGACCUAAUUUAUAUGUACUAAAGAAUACUCUGGUUACUAAAAUAAAUUUUGAUGAUAAUAAUAAUGCUGUUAGCAUUGAAGCGAUUCAAGAAAAUAAGAAUAAUGUGACCAUUAUAGCAAACAAAGAAAUCAUAGUAUCAGCUGGAACUUUAAACACUGCACAGUUGCUAAUGUUAUCCGGUAUCGGUCCUAAGAAACAUUUAGAGAGUUUGGGAAUUAAGGUUAUUUCAGAUUUACCUGUCGGUGAGAAUAUGCAAGAUCAUAUAACUAGUAAUUUAGCGUAUACAAUGGGAAAGAAGAAAAGUUCCAAAGUACCAACAAAUCCUCACGAUUACCCCUCACCCUCAGUAGUUGGAUACGUCGCGAUGAAUACAUCACAAUCGUAUCCAGAUUAUCAAACAUUUAACUUUAUAAUGGACGCCGAUGGUCUCUUAGAUUUCUGUGCAUUUUCUUAUACCUACAAAAAUGAAAUUUGUAACUCUUUCUACAAAGAUUCAAAAGGAAGAGAGGUUAUGUUUGUAGAAGUGGUUUUGCUCCAUCCAAAGUCCCGGGGUCAUAUUUUGUUGCGAAGCGUAAAUCCUUAUGAUUACCCACUAAUUUACACUGGUCAUUUCUCUGACCCCGCAGACUUGGAUAACCUAGCCACAUAUGUAGAGCACCAUAAUCUCGUAAUAACCACGACUUUUUUUAAGGAGGUGAACGCAGAAUUUUUAGUGACACCUAGUUGUGCAUCUCAUGAACCAGGUGGCAAGGAGUAUUGGAAAUGUCAUGCUCUGUGCAUGGCAAAUUCCAUAUAUCAUUACAUUGGGACUUGCUCUAUGGGAUCUGUGGUGGACAGUAGGUUGAGAGUGUUUGGUGUCCAUAAACUAAGAGUAGCAGAUGGAAGUGUUUUACCUACAAUCACUAGUGGUAAUACCAAUGCUCCUAUUAUUAUGGUCGGUGAAAAAGCUGCAGAUUUUAUAAAGGAAGAUAAUAAAUAA